AUGUUCAAGCUUGUUUACUUCAAGCAAUCCAGUCUCACAGACACCGUACACCUCGUUCUCCUUUCCCUGUCCUACGUGUCCUGUGUGUCCCUAGGAUAUGCUGGGAGAUGGCUGGUCAUAAUCAACCUCGCCUCAGAGCACUGGCAUCCGUUAUUUCAAGGCGCCAUGCUCAGCGUCGGCGGCUUCAAGUUGGAUCCCCUGUGGAUCAGCAGGGGGGGAGGGGAGGGGAGCGGAAGGGCGGAAGAGGAGGGGAAAGGCAGGGCGGGAGAUACGCACAUAGAAACAAAGGCGCGUCUGUUGUGCUAUGGGCUGGACGGGAAGCUGAUCACCAUGAGCGACUUUGAUCACUUCGAUCGGCAUAAUCCCAUCUCAGACUCAAUGUACAAGGAGAUGGAACAAGUUUGCACGUGGUACCUGCUCAACGGAGACGAAGUGCAGUGGAGAAGGUUGGAGGGCAGGCGCAAGUCGAUUGAAGAGGACAUCGCUAGAUUGAAGAAGGAAGCUCCUUCGGCAGAGGUGGUUCGGUUGCUGAAGGAGAAGGUGAGGCAGCUGAAGAUGCUGUGCGAGGAAGAAGAGUAUUGCAAGGACGGGUUUGUCAAAGUGGGAGUGGAGAUUUCUUUGAAUGGCAGAGAGGUGAAGAAGGAUCCGGCAGAAGCGCUGGAGGCAGACGCAUCAGUGUCCAUUCCAGCUGUCAUCCGAGCUCGCCCUCGACGAAUAGGUCUGGGAGAUGGAGUCUUGAUCAACGUCCUAUGCUACAGCAACACGGAGAGAUCAUUGCUGGACCGCUUCAGCGCGUUCCUUCCGUUGGGUACAGAGCCAGGGGAUAACGGACAAAACACCAUGACGGUCGGAGACAUGAUCAAGAUUUUUGGCAACAUUUUGAUGCAGAGGGGGCUGAACCGGGAGUCCAUGACCAGUCAGUCCCGCCUGUACCACUACAAACGAACUUUGGAUCAGGCGAUGCUGGCUAAAGACAUCUUCGUCUUCAGAUCUACUGGAGAUAUUCUGAGCGCGGAGGAGAUAGAGCUUUACUUGUUCGAGGGGAAGGAGAGGGAGGGGGGGGAGGAGGAGGAAUGA